AUGUCGACUAAUUCUCGAGACGGACUUGUCUGGGACGAUUCGGGCCUGGAUCUUACACCCCGAUGGGCAUCUGAGCCUAAUAUCGAAGCAAUCCAGUCCACGUGCCGGCGAGUACUGCAGCUUGAUGCUUCAGACGACUGCUCAGUGUCGUUCAAGGCAGCAGGCGGCUUCAACAGGGUCUAUCUUGUCGAGGACAACUGUGAACGGAGAUGGAUCUUUCGAGUCUCCCUCCCCGUUGACCCCCGCAAGAAGACAACUGGAGAAGUGGCAACUCUCUGCUGGCUCGAACGCCACUCGGACAUCCCAGCACCCAGAGUGGUUGCCUUUGACGACUCUAGCGACAAUGAGAUAGGAUAUGAAUGGAUCCUCAUGGAUCUGAUGCCCGGAACUUCGGCGCACAAUCGAUGGCGCAAGAUGUCGAUGGAGGCCAAGACGACAUUUGUUGAGAAGAUUGCCGAAUAUCAAGCACAGAUCUUCAACUCGUCGAAGUUUCGUGCCAUUGGAACCUUGAAGGAUGUCAGCCUCGAUGCCGAUUCUAAAUUGGAACCUGGACAGCUCGUCGCUCUCAUGUUCUUCACCGGUGCGCGCUAUGACUUUGACGUCCCUCGAGGACCAUUUCGUUCCAGCCACGACUGGCUCAAGGCGUGCAUCUCUAUCAUGAUUGAGGACCAAAAGAAACUGAUAAGCGAAUACUCGGACUCGGAUUCAUCGCCAGACUCGGACUCAUCGUCAGAUUCAGAUUCAUCAUCAGACUCGGACUCAUCCUCAUCGUCAGACUCGGACUCAUCCCCAGACUCAAGCUCAGACUCGAGCUCAGAUUCAGACAAGAAGUACGCCAAGUGGAACCUGGAAGUGGCUGAGCUGCUCCUAGAUCUGCUUCCUGACAUCUUUCCCAAAGUCCUGAACCCGCCAGAGCGAACAGUACUGCUGCACGAUGACCUUUCUCUGAGCAAUAUCUUGGUCGAUGACGAUGGAGCUAUCACAGCUAUCUUAGACUGGGAAUGCGUCUCGACGGUGCCUCUCUGGGCCGCCACGCAGAUGCCCCAGUUCCUGAUUGGGGUGGACCGUGAAGAUGAGCCAGAUCGCGAUUCCUACAGGGAUGCUGAUCCAGAGAUGGAGGCUCAAGACCGAAUUCGCGAAGGCGACUAUUAUCUCGAAAGUGAGGACAAGAACCCCCUCUACUGGGAGCACCUGAUGGAAUAUGAGCAGACAAAGCUCAGAAAGGUGUACUCGGACCGUUUGUCUGAACUGUGUCCUGCAUGGGCAGAGGCAGUUGCUGACAGCGGCCUGAAGAGGGAUUUCUAUGAGGCGAUUUUGCGCUGCGACGGGGGUUGGUGGUUGCGCAAGAUUGACGAUUGGGUUGGGGAGAUCUGGGAGGGAGAGUUCCCGACAAUGGCCGAGAUGAUACAACCGGGCCGUACGUAG